CUCAUUCAUUUUUUCCUUUGCUGCGACCGCAUGAGGACCUGAUAGACUCUCUCAAGCUACAACACCACAAAAUUCUUCUCUCUCACUCGCUCUAUUUGGCUUUUGUUUAUUUUGGUGUGAAAUCUCUCAGAAAUCGUUUCCACUGAUUUUCUUCCCAAACAAAGAGGAGUCGAUUUGUUUUUAGGUUUGGAUUUAGGUUUAGGUUUAGGUUUUGGUUUCAUUUUGAACAAAUACAUAAAUAGAAAGUAUGUAUUCUGAUCGAGUGGAGACAGGAGCUAGGAGGUCAGUGAAGGAACGCCUUAAUGGGAAUCUUUUCACUGACUCUAAUCGCCAACGCAAAAUCAUCGGAAAGAGGCAGAGGGAAGACGACAAGUGGGAACAUGAUCUCUAUGAGGAUGAUGAACCCCGGCUCUCUAAUCGCAAGGUCACUGCUCAAGAUCUUCGCAUGAAGCUUCAAAAGAAAGGUUUUCACCCUGGAACUCAAACUGGAAAGAGUUAUGUUUCAAGUGGGAGGGAUCUCCGUGAAAGGCUAUCAGGCACGAUGACUCCACAACCUAAAAACUCUGACCCACCAAAGUCAAAAGUGGCUGUGAAACCUAGCAGUAAAAAUGUCAGCGUUGAGGCUCCUGCAGUAUAUAUCAAAAGACCAGCUAAUACAUCUCCUAAAAAGUUUUCCCGAAAGGCUGACACCUCAGUGGAUGAAUUUUUGCAGUCCUUGGGUCUCGAAAAGUAUCUCAUAAGUUUUCAGGCUGAAGAGGUUGAUAUGACAGCUCUCAAUCAUAUGACUGAUGAGGAUCUCAAGGCCAUGGGCAUACCAAUGGGGCCGAGAAAGAAGAUACUUUUGGCCUUGGAGUCAAAUGGCUGACAUUCUAGUAUUGUAUUAUUAUUAAUAUUACUCUUGAUAUAACAUAUAUUAGUAGGCUUAUGUUUAAACUUUAGAUUGAUCAAGUUUGCUUGUAAUUUAUUUGUUUGAUCC